AUGCCAAUCACUACCUAUCUGCUGUCUCGUCUAGCAGUUGUUGAGACUGCCUUCCGUCAUCUGAAUAUGUUUGAAACUGGUAUUCAAGAUGAAUCUGUUAUACGAGAUGAACGUCGAUCAACUAAACUAUUUUUAGCUCUUCUCAGUAUUUCAUUAGUCAUUAUCGGAUUGUAUUACUCAGUUAUACGAUAUAGACAAACCAUUUCAAUUCCAUCUCCGUCAAUUAUCGAAUAUUCUAGUUCAUCGGAAAAAGUAUUAUUACAAUGUUCUUGUAAGAAUGCAGCAGUAAAAUAUGACGAAUUUGUUGAAAUAAAACCUUCUUAUCAUGAAUUAUGUGAUAGUGAUUUUGUUUCUGAUCGAUAUAUUGAUCGACUCUAUAGUCUCUAUGAACAAAAUUUGGAUAGAUCGAUUUCAACAGACAUUCAUCGAAUAGCUGUAUUUCAAUUUCAAACACUUCGUACACUUUGUCAAUUAGCAAAAAAAAUAACUAACGAUAGUCUUGCAAAAUUUUUAAAAAAUGAAUUUAUUCAAACUCAAGUCAUGGCUAAAGAAUUAUUUGAAAAUCAAAUGGCAUCAUUGAUAACAGAUUAUAUUAAUAGAACAUCAAAAACAUUUGUGAGAACAUUGAAGUUUAUUCAAGAUGUUACAGCACAAAGUUUAUUUAUGACUGGUGCUUCAGUAACUAGUGUUAUUCCCAGAGCGUACUUUGAAGAACUUCCUCUUGACACUUUUCCAUAUCCUGGAAUAAAAUACACAUUUGAAGAUGAAUCUUCUUGUACGUGUUCAAGUUCUACUGCUAAUAAUUGUAUGGGUUUAGCAACAUUGAAUAAUGAUAAUGUUCCUGGUUUUCAAACAGGUUGUUAUAUGUUAAGUGCACUUCUUCAUUCUACACUUGAAAUCUGCUACAAUCAAGAAUAUAUCAACACUUUAACUAGCUCUUGGAAUGAAUAUCGAAAGCUCAAUGAUUCAAAUUCAUAUCCCACAGUUGAAGUAUUACUUAGUCAAAUGUUCAUUACUAAUUGGUCACGUCAUGCAUCUUUUGAACGUUAUUUUAAUCAUUGUGCACCGACUCUAUGUCAAUAUACAGCAACUUCAAUACACGAUUUCUGGUUUAUUAUCAUAACAUUGAUCGGGUUCUUUGGUGGAUUAUCAUCAGUAUUGAGAAUCGUUAUACCUUUGUUGAUUACGAAACUUUGGCCAAUUAUUUGGAAGUUUAUUACUAGACGACGAGGACGAGCGGCAACUACACAUAUGGUAGAGACAGACGUGAAUACAGUACUCUCCGUUAGUCAACGUAUAAAACGAUUGUUGGGAUUAAUCAAACAAGCAUUGAUUGAUUUAAAUUUAUUUCAAAGUAUUCCUCCAACACAAGAUGAAAAUAUUAUUCGACAACAACGUUACACUACACGACUUUAUAUAAUUCUAUCAAUUAUAGCGUUGAUCAUUUUCACUAUUUUUACAUCUGUUGAUCCACAAACAAAUACUUCUGAAUCAAUAUCAGCAGAUGAUUUUAUUCAACUUUAUGAGAAAUAUUCAAAAACACUUGAUUGUCCUUGUACUCAAACAACAAUUGACUAUGAAUUCAUUUUUAGUAUGAAACCGCAAUAUCAUGAAGUAUGUUCAAGUGAAUUUGUUUCUUCUAAAUGGAUCAAUAUUAAAUUUAAUAAAUGUCCAAUGACAAAUUUAUUAACAAAUGAUUUUCGUUAUCAAUCUCAAUUUCAUUUUCAACUUUUAUCAACAUUAUGUCAAAUGGCUAAUGAAACAAUUCAAGAUUCUCUUCAAUCAUUCUAUCGAACUAAAUUUGUUACAAAUAAAAUAUUCGAUCCUCAAUCAUUUCAGACACAAGUCGAUUCAAUCGUGGUAGGUUUCAAAAAAAGUCUACCUGCAUCAUUUCAACGUGUAAUUCAAUUGAUAAGAACAAACUUUAAAAUUAAUCAAUUCAUUACACCAAUGAAUUCUAUAUUUAGUUUUCAUGCUGAUGAUGAUGAUGAUGAUUUUAACGAACAUAUUGCAUUAUUGCCAUUUAAGCAUAAACCACCAGAAGAAUUAUUAUUAGACGAGACAUAUUUGUGCUCUUCCCCUUCUGGUUCGGAAUGUUACCCAAAGACCAUAAUAAAAGACAAUGAAAUUAACAACAUCAUUCCCGGAAUGGUUCAAUCAGAGUUUCCUUUCGAAGCACUCUUGAUGUCAACAUUAGAAUGUUUAUAUAAUGAAACAUGUCUUUCUAACAUUAAAAAAUUCAUUAACUCAACUCAAUCAUCAAUUAACAUUACUACAUUAAAAUCAUCAUCAUCGUUGAAUAAUAAUCAAUAUGAUCGAAUUGAAACAUUAGCUAAUGAUCUUUUUAUUCGAUCAUGGGAUGAUAAUAAUUCCUAUGGAUCAUAUUUUAACCAAUGUCGUGCAUUAACAUGUCAAUACAGUUAUAAAAGUCGAUUGAGAUUUAUUUAUAUUGUAGCAAGAAUUGCUGGAUUUAUGGGUGGUAUCAAUGUUGUUCUAUAUCUAUUAUUACCAUUUAUUGUUAAAUUAUUGAUGAAAACUUGGAAUUAUAUUCUUCAACGUCAACAAAAUAAUUUCAAUGCCGUAAGAGCAUCAACAUCUAUACAGACCCGAUUUUGGAGUUCUCUUCGAACUCUUUGGAUAUCUGGUAAAAAAAAGAUUGAAGAAUUAAAUCUCUAUCCAAUUAUUCCACCGACAACAGAUUCACAAAUUAUUCGUCGACGUCGACACAUAACUCGAAUCUAUUUGAUAUUAUUAAUUACAACCUUGUUCAUUCUUAUUAUUUAUACAUCAUUGAAACAAGAGACAGUGACAGACUCAGUUUCAUACCCAUCAUUAUCAAAAUACGAAGAAUUAUUUGUUCAAUAUCCUGUAACAUUACAAUGUCCAUGUAAUCGUAUUACAAUCAAAUUCAAGGAGUUUAUAUCUCAAACUGAACCUCAAUAUUAUGAGAUCUGUUCGAGUAUUUUCGUUUCAAAAGAAUGGUUCAAUAGCGUGCCUGACGGAUUUCUAUAUAACAUCGAAAUGAGCAAAAUUGAUUUUCGUAAAAUACUUCGGAUGCAAUUCGAAACUUUGUCAACACUUUGUGAAAUCUCUCAAAAUGCAUUAAAUAUAUCGUUGUCAAUAUUCAAAGAAACUGAUUUGAUUACAGCAUAUGUUAUUUCUCGUACUGAAUUCGACAGUCGAAUAAAAUUAGUCGUCGAACAGUUCAAACAAACAAUAUCUGAUCAGUUUAUAGAGACAUUCAAGUUGAUUCAAGCAAUAAAUCAUGCAAAUCAGCUUGGCACAUUACAUUCGUCUAACUGGAUGUUCUUUCGAAAAAAUCCACAUAAUAAUGUCAAUAUACAUAAAGGUGAGCUGAUGAAUGUACUAACUCGACCACAAAAAUAUGGAACACAUGAUUGUUCAUGCGGAAUACAAUCGAAUUGUUCAAAUCUAGCAGAAUUCCCAUUUCCGACAUCAGAAGAACCAUUCAUACAACAUCUUCCAGGAUUUCUUCAUGGCUGUAUGAUGCUUGAUUCUUUGUUGCAGUCAACUUUGACUUGUCUCUAUAAUAAGACAUGUCUUGAUUUUAUGCAAGCAUCUAUCUAUUAUUCUAAACCUUUACCAGUUAAAGUUCUCACGUAUUCUUCAUUAACAAUGCCUAAUACAACGCUUGAAUCACUUCUUAAUCAAACGUUUAUUUCUCAAUGGUUUCAGAAUACAGCAUUUGAUCGUUAUUUUAAUCAAUGCGCACCUCAGUCAUGUGAAUAUUCUUAUGUAUUAGAAUACAAUUCAUUGUAUGUUGUAACAACAGUAAUUGCUCUGUUUGGUGGUUUGACAAAUGGACUACGUUUUCUUGUGAACAUUCUAGCAAUUAUCAUAUACAAAAUUGUUGAUUGGCGAAAGAAGAAAAGCCAAGUAGUACCAAACUUAACAUCAUCGAAUAUCAUUAUGAAUAAUGAACAUAAUGAGGAGGAGAUGAGCGACGUAAUUCCAAUUCCAAUGCCGAUAGUUCAGGUCAAUAUGAUUUCUGUCGAAGAAGAGCGGCAUCCAGAAAAAAUGCGUCGAGAUCGAAUAAUGCUAAUGUGUUUAACGAUAUUAGGCAUAGCUGCAAUACUAUCAGUGUCUGUUAAUUUAUUUAAGAUUCGAAAUAAAGAACAACAAGUUAUUUCAACAACCAUACAAACAACUACAGAAAGUAGUAAUAAUUUAAUAACAGAAUCAACAGUGACAUCAACAAAUAUUUGUCAUAUGACUUUUAAGUAUCAAUCUCAAAUUUAUCUAACUGAACUUAAUCCUGUGUCAAUGGUGACUGGUGAUUUUAAUCAUGACUGUAUUGAUGAUUUAGCUCUGACUAAUACUGAUUCAGACACAAUAAGUGUGUUGCUGGGAAAUAAGAAUAGAACAUUCCAAACACAACAAAUCUAUUCAACAGGAAAUGGAUCUAGUCCAAGAGAAAUAGCAAUUGGUGAUUUUGAUAAUGAUACAUUUCUAGAUUUGGUUAUUGUUUUAUCUGCAACUCAACAAAUAGUUAUUUUCUAUGGCACUGGAUCAAACAAUCUAUUUAUUCCGUCAACUGACAAUAUUAUCAGCAGUCCAAGUUCCAAUAAAAUAAAUGCGAUUGCAGUUAUUGAUAUUAAUAGUGAUGGUUUUAUUGAUUUAUUUGUUAGUCUUGAUGAAUAUUCUGAAUUUCAAUUUAGUAUCUUUUUAAAUAUGGGCAACAGAUAUAACUUUACAUUCGAACUAUACUCGUAUGAUGUCUGCCCGGGUAUAGUUAUUUCAAUAGUUGUCGAUGAUUUGGAUAAUGAUGCAAGACGAAAUGAUAUGAUCUGGCUCACCAAUGACGAUCUCGUGUUAACUCGCAGUGUAAGUGCAUAUGUGGGAGAAGAUUCAUUCAAAGACGAAGUUUUAACAGAUGACAAAAUGUAUAAAAAUCCAUCCGCUGUAGUCACAGGAAGAUUCAAUAACGAUGAAUUCGUCGAUUUAGCGUUGAUUUCUUCUCAAUCGGAUACAUUACAAGUUAUACUUCGUUAUGAAGAUAGAUUGUUAUCGAAAUGGAAGAGUAUUCCAAUGAUUUAUCUCACCGAUCAUUAUCCGACAUCUAUUGUUCGAAUUAAUUUUAAUAAUGAUCGAAUCGAUGAUUUAGCUAUAUUACAUUGUAAUGGAACUGUAACAAUAUUUAUUGGUUCAAUGGAUGGACUUUUUGAACGAAAAAAUUUAGAUUUUGGAGCUCAUGCAGGUUGCACUGAUAAAUGUUGUGAUUCUUUGCAAGUAAUUAAUUUGAAUCGAGAUGGAAGAUAUGAUCUAGUGUUUAUUGAUACAGGAAUGAAUAGCAUUCAAUUUGCACUAGGUUUACCUUGCAAUGAAUAG